AUGAAUACUGGUGUUCUCAAUAAUGCUUAUUCAUCGGUAUCAGUUAAUGGGAAAGUUAUCGUGAUAACAGGUGCAACUUCUGGCAUUGGUGGUGAAACAGCUCGGCUAUUAGCAGCUCGUGGUGCUAAAGUUGUUCUAGCUGGGCGUCGUACAGAAAAUGGCGAAAAACUUGUUCAAGAAAUUAUGUCUAAUGAUGGGGAAGCAACAUUUAUCAAAACUGAUGUAACAAAAGAAGAUGAAGUUAAACGAUUAAUUGAACAAACAGUUCAGAAAUAUAACCGUCUUGAUGGUGCCUUCAGUAAUGCCGGUCUGUUUAAUAAUAAUGAUGCCCCACAUGAACUGUCAUUGGAUGAUUUUCGAUUAAUGAAUGAUGUUAAUUAUACAGCAAUUUUCUUGUGUAUGAAAUAUGAAAUACAACAAUUUCUUAAACAACAAUCUCAAGAACAAUCUCAACGAGGUGAUCCAUUACAACAGCCAAAUCAAUUACAUUUAACAUGGUCACCAUAUUCAAUUGUUAAUGAUUCAUCAAUACUAGGUUUAACAACGUGGAAUGCAGGAUAUGCAUACAGUGGGUCGAAACAUGCUAUUUGUGGUCUGUCAAAAAGUGCAGCACUAGCCUAUGCUAAAAAUGGUAUACGCAUUAAUACAAUAUGUCCUGGAUGGAUUUAUACGGAAAUGUCUGAGGAAAACAACUCAGGUGUAUCAACACAACUACAGGUAAAUCUAACACCAAUGGGUAGAAUUGGCAAUGCAGUUGAAUGUGCUGAGUUAGUUAGUUUUUUAUUGUCAAACGCUAGUUCAUUUAUGACUGGAUCACUCAUUCCCAUUGACGGUGGUCAUAUGGCCGGACAAGUCGUUUUAUAG